UGUUAGCGCGUCUUCAAACACACGCGCCUCCGAUAGCUCCGUGUGUUAGUUUUAUUUAUUUAUUUAUUUUAUUUAAGUUUUAUCUGUGAUAUAUAAUUUAUGUGAAUAAAAGAUUUCAAUUUGGCGAAAAUGAUAAGAGCUGCAGAAGUAUGUGGCUGCCCACUCCGAGAAGUAGGACCCUCCAUGGCCGGUUCCUGUGGGAAUCAGUUCAUCUUGUUUAUGAGCAUCCUCGAGUCGUUCGUGAACGGCAGGUGUGACCUGGUGGACCCCUGUAACCGGGUGACUGACAGAGACCCCCUAGACGACAGUUAUGACUUUGUAGUGGCUGGUGGUGGAACAGCAGGUGCUAUUGUUGCUGCGAGGUUAUCAGAAAAUCCUCAAUGGAAGGUUCUCCUGAUAGAAGCCGGUGGUGAUGAGCCAGCUCAGUCGUCGGUCCCGGCCUGGGUGACAGCGUAUUGGGGGCGGAACGAUACGGACUGGAACUACCACACAGAGCGUCAGGAGAAGGCCUGCUUAAACAACGGUGGAAUAUGCUCGUGGCCAAGAGGAAAACUGCUGGGUGGCUGUUCAGUGAUUAACGGAAUGAUGUACAUGCGAGGGCAUCCCGCAGACUAUGAUGGUUGGGCCAUCAAUGGCGCCACGGGCUGGUCCUGGUUCGAGGUUUUGCCCUACUUCCUGAAGAGCGAGGACAACAAGGAAAUCGGCAAUGGAAUCUCCGGCCAGUAUCAUACCACUGGAGGUCCGUUGCCGAUACAGAAGUUUCGUUACGCGCCUCGUUUUGCUCACGAUGUUGUGUCCGCGGCCAUCGAACUCGGCUUCCCGCCCACUACAGACCUCAACGGAGAAACCACCACGGGAUUCACAUUAGCACAAGCUAUGAACGACAAGGGAACUAGAUUCAGUACGGCGCGAGCAUUUCUUCGUCCAGCUUCUAAACGAGAGAAUCUUCACAUCUUGAUGAAUGCUCUUGUAUCGAGGGUCAUCAUAGAUCCUGCAUCUAAAAGAGCCACCGGCGUUGAAUACAUUAAGAAUGGCGAGACGAAAAUAGUUGGUGUUAGAAAAGAGGCAAUUUUAUCAGCGGGCACAAUGAAUUCUCCACAAAUACUUCUACUAUCUGGUGUUGGCCCACAAGAAACCCUCAACAAGUUCAAUAUUCCGGUGAUCAAAGACCUGCCAGGAGUUGGCCAAAACCUUCACAACCACAUCGGUGUCAGACUCGACUUCACUCUGACAAAAGAACCUGACGUACCCGAGCUGACAUGGGAAAGUGCUAUGGAGUAUAUGCUACAACGGACAGGACCAUUAUCGGGAACUGGAUUGUCACAGUUGACAGGUAUCAUAAACUCCCGCUACGCGGCGGCUGGCGGUCGUCAUCCGGAUGUGCAGUACUUCUUCAGCGGCUAUCACUCCGGCUGCGGGGAUGGUUCUGUUGAAGGGCCCGGUGGUUUAGAUGAGAAGAAGAAAAGAAGGCUUACUAUAGCUGCGAUAUCUCUUCAGCCCCGCAGCCGCGGAUACUUGACUCUGCAGUCCCUGGACCCGGCUCAGCCUCCGCUCAUGCAGCCCAACUAUUUCUAUGACGAACACGAACUGAACGUGCUAGUUGAUGCAGCGAAGACUGCUUAUCGUCUUGCUAACACCACAAUUCUUCGCGAAAAAUACGGAAUGCAGCCUACAGAAGACUUCGGUUCAGAAUGUCCUGGUGGUGGGUUAAACCCGACUGACGAGUUCUUCAGAUGCGUAGCCCAAACGCGGACCGCACCAGAGAACCACCAGGUCGGUUCCUGCAAGAUGGGAGCUAGCGAUGACCCCAUGGCUGUUGUUGAUCCUACCCUAAAAGUGUACGGCAUUGAAGGUCUCCGCGUGAUCGACGCGUCAGUAAUACCGACGGUGCCCUCCGCUAACACAGCGGCUCCCGUCAUCAUGGUGGCGGAGAAAGGCGCCCAGCUGGUGAUGGCCCGCCACCAGUUGUUCAAGAACAAGUUCAGUGACGACAGCGACACCACACCUCACUUGCCAAAUAACAACGCAAACAGAUGGGACGUGAACGAUUCUAACAAAGAAAACAAUUUGAAUAACGACAGAUGGUGGAACUCACAUAAAAAUUGGCAGAAUUCGCACGACAAACCUCACUAUUGGUACCCAGGCCAUAAACACCAGACGCAACAAUAACAAAGAGAAAACUAAUGGAUCAAUCCGGGGCUUUUAAGUCUCUUCUAUAAUUUGUAAUAAGAUAAAUAAUAAAAGUCCAACUUUAAAA